AUGGAUUCGGUGGAAUUGGGGAACAUGAGGCGGUGGUUAUGGGCAUUCGGGAGCGGCGGACGGAUGUGUGUUGGGAGCAAUUUAGCCCUGCAGGCUGCAAUCUAUUCGAACUUCACAAGCAAGAUUAUCGAUGACGAUGGCAUUGAGCCUAUCGAUGCAUACACUGUCCGGCCAUCCAACAACAGAUUGGUACUGAAAUUCGAACGUGUUUGA